CCAUUUUGGCUUCGUCGCCCCCCCUGGCGCCCCGUGGGCGCCUGCGCGGCUGCCCGGGGCCCCGGCCGCCGCAUGGGCUCCUCGCCGUCCAGCGAGGGGUGCGGGCCUGCGGCCGCCACGGACAGUGCGACGGAGGGGCCGUGCGGGCAGAUGUGGCUCAACGAUGCCUCCCGAACGCCGACCGCGGCCUGGCUGUCGGGCUCCGCGCCGUCCCAGGAGGCCAAGCCCCGCGCGCCCGUCGAGCCCCGCCGGUCGACGCUGCUGAGCACGCCGGCGCCCGCGGAGGGCAGCCCGACGAAGGCC